AUGGCGGCGGGCGGGCGCAAGCGGCGGGCGGGGCAGGCGUGGCCGGAGGAGCAGGGCGAGCGGGAGCACGGGCUGUACAGCCUGCACCGCAUGUUCGACAUCGUGGGCGCCCACCUGACCCACCGCGACGUGCGCGUCCUGUCCUUCCUCUUCGUCGACGUCAUCGACGACCACGAGCGCGGCCUGAUCCGCAGCGGCCGGGACUUCCUGCUGGCGCUGGAGCGUCAGGGCCGCUGCGACGAGAGCAACUUCCGCCAGGUCCUGCAGCUGCUGCGCAUCAUCACGCGCCACGACCUGCUGCCCUACGUCACGCUGCGGCGGCGGCGGGCAGUGUGCCCCGACCUCGUGGACAAGUACCUGGAGGAGACGUCGAUCCGCUACGUCACCCCCCGGGCCCAGAGCAGCCCGGAGCCCGGGCCCCCCCAGCCCCCGAAAUCAGUGCCUCCCCACUACCCCGUGGUCUGCUGCUCCCCCACGGGCCCCCAGAUGUGCAGCAAGCGGCCGGCCCGGGGCAGAGCCGCCCUCGGGAACCAGCGGCGACGCCGGAAGGCUGUGACCCCCGACCCCAAGGAGAAGCAGACGUGCGACAUCAGGCUGCGGGUGCGGGCCGAGUACUGCCAGCACGAGUCGGCGCUGCAGGGCAACGUCUUCUCCAACAAGCAGGAGCCCCUGGAGCGCCAGUUCGAGCGCUUCAACCAGGCCAACACCAUCCUCAAGUCGCGCGACCUCGGCUCCAUCAUCUGCGACAUCAAGUUCUCGGAGCUCACCUACCUCGACGCCUUCUGGCGCGACUACAUCAACGGCUCGCUGCUCGAGGCCCUCAAGGGCGUCUUCAUCACGGACUCGCUCAAGCAGGCCGUGGGCCACGAGGCCAUCAAGCUGCUGGUCAACGUGGACGAGGAGGACUACGAGCUGGGCCGCCAGAAACUGCUGAGGAACUUGAUGCUGCAGGCGCUGCCCUGACCCGGCGGACCCCUCCUCCCCCGACCCCGGCCCACCCUCCCCGCCCCCCCGGCCCGGGGGCGGCCG